AUGAAGAAUCGAGGUAAGCAGCUGCAGGAGAAGGCCUCUUGGAAGCAGCAAGCUGCUGGCUGGUUCUUCAUUCUAUUUAUGUGCGGCAUAGGCUUCUUCUCGUUUCUAUUCUCGCUUUCGGACAUCAUCAUUGGCAACGGCGUUGUCGCUCUUGAUGCCCAAGACACGGCAAAGUUGAAGAAAGUGCUUUUCGGCGGCGAUCCGUGGCUUAUCUACUGCAUAAAUGACGAGACCGUCAAUCAACGUUUGCCUCAAAUUCUGGAGGAGUCUGGCAGAAGUCUCUGGCGGAGCUUGGGGCUAAGUGUUGGCCUUCUGCGAUGUUGGGAUGAGACGUCUAGCGGUCGGAGCGUGGCUCAGCGGUUUAAACUGAGUCUGAAGCCACCAUUGUCUUUUGUCGUGGCAAACGGCAACAAGCCCCGACUUCUCCAACUCACUGGCAUCUCCAAAGUGGAGGAUUUGGAAAGGAGAAUAAAGCCGGCACUCAAGCUUGAGACGUGCCUGCAUUCGUUCGCUACUUUUAGCACCGACACAGUGUUAUCGUGUGCAUUGCUGCUGCUGCGGCUGCUGCGGCUGCUGCUGCUGCUGCUGCUGCAGCAGCUGCUGCUGCUGCAGCUGCUGCUGCGGCUGGGUGUGGGGGUGUGGCUUUGGGCAUGA